AUGGCUCCCAUGCUGCAUCGAGUCUGGACGCCCAACACAGGUGCCUUUCCGUACAGUGUGGCGAGGCAUGCUCGCACAGGCAGUGGAUGGAUGGUUGGUUCCGCGCAGGUCCGUCCUCGUUGCCGCGGUUCGCAAGCGCCACCUACGGCGGCACCGGAGCAAACACACUAUUUGACCCGCCGCACAGGAGCAAGCAAGGUCGUCUCCAAGCUGGCCUACACCGACCAGUUCACGUGCCUCGACAAGGCAGCCAUGCUUACCCCUGAGGAGGACGCGCUCUGCGCCGACGGGAAGACGCCGACGGACCCGUGGCGGCUGUGCACUAUGCAGCAGGUGGAGGAGGUGAAGUGCUUAGCGCGGAUCAUCCCAGUGUGGUCGUCGGGGAUCGUCUACUUCGUGGUGGUCACCCAGCUAAGCACCUACGUCGUCCUCCAGGCGGCGCAGACCGACCGCCGUAUCACCGCCAGCAGCAGCUUCCAGAUCCCGCAGGGCUCCUUCGUCGUCUUCGUGAUGCUCGCUCUAACUCUCUCGGAUCCCGUGGUCACCAUGCUGGUGGCGGCGGCGGUGGAGCGCCGCCGCCGUCGGAUCGGUCCGGGAUCGCCGAUGAUGUCGUGCUUCUGGCUGGUGCCGCAGCAGGUGCUGGCGGGCCUGUCGGAGGCGUUCGCCGCCAUCGGGCAGACCGAGUUCUACUACCGGCAGUUCCCCGAGAACAUGCGAAGCGUCGCUGGGGCGCUCUACUUCCUUGGCUGGGCACUGGCGAGCUACGCCAGCGGGCUCAUGGUGACCAUUCUGCACCGGACAACGGGAUGGCUGGCGCAGGACCCGGACGAGGGCAGGGUGGACCUGUUCUACCUUGUCACCGGUGUCAUCGCAGCGGUCAACCUCGUCUACUUCGUGGCGUGCGCACGGUGGUACAGGUUCAAGAAGUCAGAUGAUGACCACACCGGCUCCGGCGCCGGCGACGCCGGCCUCGACGAGAGCCCGAAGAAAGCGGCGAAUGCAGCGCCGGUUUAG